CGCUCGCGAUCGUGCGAUUGUAAACAAUUGGAUACGCGCGCGGAGGAGCCAGGCAUCGGGAAGGAUGCGACUGACAUGGGCCGAGGGCAGGUACGCGCUCUGCCUGCUGAUCCUGCAAGUGCGGCUGACGAACUCGCGGACGUCCUGGCGGCUGAACGCCGCCGACAAGGUCGUGAAGACGACCGACUUCGUGAGCGCGAUCGAGGACGAUCCGAUCUUCGAUAUCCUCGCGGGCAGCGUGGUCACCGGCAACGGCCAGGCCUGGAGCAGGACCGCGACGUCGGAGAAGCACGAGAAGGUGCAGAUAUACUGUCAGGAAUGCAAGGGCUUCGCCAGCCAGGAGAGACGACUCUCGUCGUACGUGUUGAAGGACACGCAAAAUAUCAGCGAGUCCUACCCACUUACCUCGCAAGUGUCGAGCGAGCAGGUGACCUGCGCCACCGGCCAGCAAUGCGACAACAUAAUAUUGGACUGCGGCAAGCCGGUGAAUUUCACUUACUAUGACAAUCUGAUCGGCGUGGCGAACCGGAACAAGCAUCCGUUGGUACCGGAGCCCAAUGUGGCGCUCAUGUUCAAGAAGAACGGCGGCAAGAGUGUCGACGUCGACAUUGACCUGCUGGAGAGACGCUUGAAGAAAGCGAAGCGGGAGAAACCAAAAUCUGUCCAGCUUUAUAACCAGAUAGGAAAUUUCUGGCGUAUAAAAGGUGAUGCGCAAAGAUCAAUCGAGUGCUUUCGUAGAGCGCUCGCUGUGUCACCGCACAACGCAGAAGUGCUCUUGAACUUGGCUAGAGUAUUGCUGGUGCAACAUUACUUGGACGACGCGACGUACUUAGCCAGGCGAUCCUUAGAGUUGCAACCUCCGGAUCGCAACGCGUGGGAGCAAUAUCUUACACUUGGACAAAUAUUCAAGGCAUAUGGACACUUUCAAGAGGCAGCUGUACACCUGCGUCACGCACUGGAAUUAAAACCAGAUCUUUCCGAUGCUGCCGAUGCAUUAAAAGAGGUCGAGUCACUGCCGCUUGCAAGUAUACACGUGUAUACGUUGCUGAUUAUCGUCGGCUUGGUGCUCGGUGUCCUUUUUGUUGUGUUGACCAGCGUGGAAUGUGACGAGGAUUCAACUCUAGUCAAUGGACAGCUUCAGCGUCCAGUCCAACGACAUUUCAGUCGUGCUAUGGCUAUGCGCAGCUUGCGGCUUAACGUUGCGCGCAAUAAACGCUGUUGAUGACGACGAUUCAUUAUUGACGAAUCAGUCGUUCGUACAUGUGAUAGAAUAACUUCUCAUGCCAUAACGACUUAUCUCCCUACAAAGUUAUUUGUAACAUGAUAACUCGCAAUAAUUCUUGGGAUGCACUAACUGUUUAUUAUAUAUCUCCGGAGAAAAAUAUAUGAGGAAAUGUACAAGAA